GGAAGCUCUAAUGGUUAUGUCCCAGUGUACAUUUCCUCCUGAUAAUCCAAUUACACCAUUGAAUCUCUCUUGAGAAGUUGAUAAUUGCAUUAGCACACAUGCUGAUAUAUCAUGAAUAUGCUUGCUAUUUAGUACAGGCUAUACAUUUGAAAUGCCAAUCCUCUCUACAAUAAUUUGCAGAUCAUCUAGGUCUGAGUCAUGUUUAAGAAUUUUCCUUUUUUAAUAUCUUACUAAUGAGCAUUGAUGUUGAUUCAUGUUUUGCAAUCCUAUUCACAUUUCUUGAUAGUAAUUGCUUGCACAAUUCUCAUUGCAACCCCCAGUGCCAGGUAUCAAUGACCAAAUGUAUGUGGAAAGUCAUUUUUCGUUGACAACUGGGAUUUGAUUUGAGGGCUUGCAUUUGGCAAAUAUAUGUCAAACAUUAAAGAUUUGGCAGGGAUCAGGGUACUAUGGUGUCUUAGCUGAACUACCACCCAUUUACAAAAGAUCCCCUUUGGCGCUCUUAGCUGAACUACCACCCAUUUACUUUGCCUUGCAUGUAUAGUUAUUAGGUGAGGAAGGUGAGACCUUUAGCUUUAGGGACAAAUCAAACCCAUAAAAAAGUCAAAACAAGUGAACUCGCUUCUAUCUAUAUAAUGCCAUCAACACAUUACCAAAGCCUUUUAGAUGAAGUUCACUCCAUUCCAAAAUUGAGAAAAGGUGCUACAACUGCGUUCCAUUGCAUAAGAGUCACUGCAGGUAUAGACAUGCUAAUGGCGGAUCAUCAGAAAAUUCAUCCGGUUGUGGACCCAGAAGCACCGCCAACAGAGCCUCUAGUCCCUCGUGGCUCAUUUAGAUCAGAAAAAGGUGACCCAUUUCAGCAUCCUCCAGAUCCUCCAUUGCAGCGUACCAUUCCAGUCAUCCACUCAAAACCACCAAAGAGAAGCUGCUGCUGCAAAUGCAUGUGUUGGACAAUCAGCCUCCUUGUCCUGCUGUUGGUUAUUGUUGGAGCCAUAGCUGGUGUUCUUUACCUUGUCUUCCAGCCAAAACUUCCCAAGUAUUCAGUUGAUAGCCUGAGAAUAACAGACUUCCAACUCAACUAUGACAUGACCCUGUAUGCUAAAUUCGACAUGAAGAUCAAGGCCAAUAACCCAAACAAGAAAAUUGGUAUUUACUACGAGAAAGGGGGUAAACUGAGUGUUUGGUAUACAAACACCAAGCUGUGUCAUGGGUCACUGCCAAAAUUCUACCAGGGCCACCAGAACACCACUGUGCUCAACGUGGUAUUAACCGGGCAAACACAAUAUGGGAGCACUUUGAUGACAGCAUUGCAGGAGCAACAACAGAAGAGACGCAUACCCUUGGAUCUUAAGGUUGAUGUGCCAGUGGCAAUCAAGCUGGGAAAGUUGAAGUUGAAGAAAGUGCGAUUCUUGGUAGAAUGCUUGUUGGUGGUAGAUAGCUUAAGUGCUAAUAACCUGAUCAGCAUCAGAGCAAGUGACUGUAGGUUUAGACUGAAACUCUAGAUCUAUCUCACUAUACUCCCAUUCUUUAGAUGGAAGCUCUGUUCUUUAUCGUAGCUUGCACUGCCUCCUAAGCUUGUGUAGACAUCAAAUUUCUUUU